AAACAAUUGAUCAGAGCUUUAAAGAAAAAGAUGGAAUUCACCGCAGAGCAGCUAAGCCAAUACAACGGCACCGACGAAUCAAAGCCGAUCUACGUCGCAAUCAAAGGCCGUGUGUUCGAUGUCACCACCGGAAAAUCCUUCUACGGCUCCGGAGGCGAUUACUCGAUGUUCGCCGGAAAAGACGCGAGCAGAGCUUUGGGUAAGAUGAGUAAGAACGAAGAAGAUGUGUCUCCUUCUCUUGAAGGUCUCACUGAGAAAGAGAUCAAUACUCUUAAUGAUUGGGAGACCAAAUUUGAAGCUAAGUAUCCUGUCGUUGGCCGUGUUGUCUCUUAGGUCUCUCUUCUGAGAUUGCACUAUGUUAUGUAACUAUUGUGUGUGAGGAUCUUUGUGUUGUGUGUUUUCUGAUUUCGUGUUUGGAUCUGAUCGUUUUGAUACAAUUACCAUAAGUACCAAAUUAUCUAUGAAAUAAAUCGGGGAUUUCGUG